AUGGACGGCGACCACCAAGACUCGGACCACCCGCAAUUCAAGCAGGCGCGCCACCGUCAAGGAGUGAGCACCGCCGCCGUCCAGCUCUCGGCAGAGUACCUGCGCCUCUUUGCGACCGAGGCCAUACACCGUGCCGCAGAGGUCGCAGAGCGCGAGCGCAUCAACAACGGGCCCGUCGACCGCCUCGCUCCCCCCGGCUUGCUCGAGACCAAGCACCUCGAGAAGGUUCUCGCCGGCCUCCUCCUCGACUUCUCGUGA